UGAGCGCGCGAGCUCCUGGGCCUGCGCGCCGCCCCGCGGGGAUGAUGCAGCCGGGAGCCGCGCGGAGCAGCGCCGGGGGCCGUGCGGAGUGAGGCGGCCGCGGGCCCGAGCCCCCCGGGCGGGGCGAUGCUGUCCCGGAAGAAGACGCGCACGGAGCUCUCCAAGCCGGGCGAGGUGCAGGGCAAGUACGUGAAGAAGGAGACCAGCCCGCUGCUCCGCAAUCUGAUGCCUUCAUUUAUCCGUCAUGGUCCGACCAUUCCACGGCGAACUGAUAUCUGCCUUCCUGACUCGAGCUCUUCUGCCUACUCUGCUGCAGGGGAUGGAAUAGUUUCUAGAAACCAGAGUUUCCUUAGAACUCCAGUUCAGAGGCCACCUCAUGAAAUAAUGAGGCGAGAAAGCAACAGACUAUCUGCGCCUUCCUAUCUUGCAAGAAAUUCGGCUGAUGUCCCUCGGGAAUAUGGUUCUUCCUCCCAGUCCUUUUUAACAGAAGCUAACUCUGUUACAGAAAAUGGAGAUGCUGGUGCCCGCUAUUACUAUGAUUUUUAUGAUGGUCAAAGGAGGCAUCAGCUAAGUGAUCGUGUACAUGAGAACUAUAGAUAUUAUGGACAUAACAAUGAUCUCUUCCAAAGGAUGUCACAGAGUCAAGGGAGGCAUACUGCAGGCAUUGGCAGGAUUCCUGCUACGUCACUAGGAAAUUUAACAAAUCACAGUUCUGAAGAUUUACCUCUUCUUCCUGGCUGGUCAGUGGACUGGACUAUUAGAGGAAGGAAAUACUACAUUGAUCAUAACACUAAUACGACUCAUUGGAGCCAUCCACUGGAGCGUGAGGGGCUGCCUCCUGGAUGGGAAAGAGUUGAGUCAGCAGAAUUUGGAGUGUAUUAUGUAGAUCACAUCAAUAAAAGAGCUCAGUACAAGCAUCCCUGUGCUCCCAGCGUUCCUCGUUAUGAUCAACCUCCACCAGUGACUUAUCAACCACAGCAAGCUGAGAGAAGCCAGCCCCUUCUAGUGCCUGCAAAUCCAUACCACACUGCAGAGAUUCCUGACUGGCUACAGGUCUAUGCCAGGGCUCCUGUAAAAUAUGAUCACAUUCUGAAGUGGGAACUCUUCCAACUAGCUGAUCUAGAUACAUACCAGGGAAUGUUGAAGCUACUCUUCAUGAAAGAACUGGAACGAAUUGUUAAACUGUAUGAAGCAUACAGGCAAGCCCUUCUCACAGAGCUGGAGAACCGCAAGCUAAGGCAGAAGUGGUAUGCACAACAACACGGCAAGAAUUUUUAAGCUAACCGUUUUUUUUUAAAUGGAAUUUCAUGAGGACACUAAGAGCUUUAAAAGAUUUUUAUUUUUUUUUAAACCACGAACAAGUGCUUUGGUUUAAAAGGCAGCUUAUUUUUGUUGAUGUUGCACCUUUGUCAUUAAUUAUCCUCUUGAAUGUUUUUCUACAUAUAUAAGGUAUUGUUUAUAGAAUGAAAAACAUGUUUGUUAUUCUUUUUCUGUACAAAAAAGUUAGUUUAUUAUUCUGAGAACCAGUGUGGAGGAAAAAACACUUGAUUCUGGUAUCUCCUUUUAGCAGACAGCUGUAUUAAGAAGCUGUCUAUAUAUUUUUACAUGGUGAUAAAUGCAAUUAUAAGGAAUGUCCUGGAUGCAAAACAAUGUUUUUAAAAUCCAAAUUAAUAAGUUUAUUUCCCUUCAGAUGCCCUGUGUGUCUCUGGGGAGAGUCUGUUCUUUGUGCAACAUCUACGCUAAGAUGUUUACUGCUUUAAUGUACAGAAACACUGACACUGUUACUUUACAGUAACACUCAGUAAUAUUACUAAAUAGUGCAGAAGCAUAGAUUAUUUUUUUUUCCCAAUCGGAACAAAAUGCUUCAUUGAUGAAGUAUGAGGUGCCUUAUAUUUUUUACUAUGUUAUAUGCAUCGUAUCACUUUCGAUUUGCCAGCAAUCUGCACAGAACUUUGUCAUGGGGCAAGAUAACCUGCAGCCUCUUCAAGACUAAGGGCCGGUCUGCAGUUCAAGGACACCUCUACCUCGAUAUAACGCUGUCCUCGGGAGCCAAAAAAUCUUACCGUGUUAUAGGUGAAACCGCGUUAUA